UCGGGGCGGUGCCCGAGCCUCCGGCACCAGAGGCGGAGCUGAAGCCGCCGAGUCCCGCCCCCGCCUGCGUCCGCCAGUAGUGUAGUCGCUGCGCGUUUCCAGGCGGGUAAGUCUUUACAGGAAGAAUCUAAGAAAGAGUACCGGCUGGCUGUCCUUCCCAGCGCCCGAAGCCCCGCCAUGCUCGUCCUCCGAAGCGGCCUGACUAGGGCUCUGGCUGCGCGGACGCUCGCGCCUCAGCGUUUUGCAGAGAACCUUGAAGAGGAGGGCCAAGGUGCCGGUGGUGGAACGUCCUGCCCACUGCCUCUUGCGGGGGUGUCUUAGCCCGACGGGGCCAGGAACCUCGUAGCAAACAUGAUGAUGACCUCACUUAACCUUAGAUGAGGAACGUGUGCUCAUCCUUUUCUACAGGCCCCAGGCAAUACGAUGGAACAGUCUAUGAAUUUCGUACCUAUUAUCUUAAGCCCUCAAAGAUGAAUGAGUUCCUGGAAAAUACUAAGAAAAACAUUCAUCUUCGGACAGCUCAUUCUGAAUUGGUUGGAUACUGGAGUGUAGAAUUUGGAGGCAGAAUGAAUAAAGUGUUUCAUAUUUGGAAGUAUGAUAAUUUUGCUCAUCGGACUCAAGUUCGGAAAGCAUUGGCCAAAGAUAAGGAAUGGCAAGAACAAUACCUCAUUCCCAAUUUGGCUCUUAUUGAUAAACAAGAGAGUGAGAUUACUUAUCUGGUGCCAUGGUGCAAACUAGAAAAGCCUCCAAAAGAAGGGAUCUAUGAACUAGCUGCUUUUCAGAUGAAACCUGGUGGGCCAGCUCUGUGGGGUGACUCAUUUAAAAGGGCAGUUCAUGCUCACAUCAACCGAGGCUACACGAAACUAGUUGGAGUGUUCCAUGCAGAAUAUGGAGUGCUCAACAGAGUUCACGUUCUUUGGUGGAACGAGAGUGCAGACAGUCGUGCAGCUGGGCGACAUCAGUCUCAUGAGGAUCCCAGGGUUGUGGCAGCUGUUCGGGAAAGUGUUAACUUCCUUGAGUCUCAGCAGAAUAUGCUUCUGAUUCCUAUGUCAUUUUCGCCAUUGAAAUAGUUUUCCAUUGAAAUACAAAGCAUUUCACUAACUGUUAUAGAUGUGCCUGCUAUGGUGCUUAAAUUCUCCCAGGAGAUUCACAUUUUUAUUUGAAGGAGAUGGUAAGUUAAUUUGCUUUGUCCUUGCAUUUUUAAAAUCUGCCUCUGCCCAUUGUCACUACCAUGAGGAAAUAGUUCUGUUCAUUUUCCCUUUGGCAUUUUAGUAUCUGUCAUACAUUAAAAAUUCUUGUCAUUCCUACAAGAUCUUGAUUUUUCAUUAUUUCAGAGUAUCUCUUGUACUCUGUUUUGACAACCCUCUGCUUUUAUAGCAUUUCCUUAUGUUGAAGUGACUAUGUCACAUUUCCAUGCCUAUAAUAAUAUUUUUAAACUAUAUACAUUGGCAACCUUCUCAUGUCUAUUUUUCUGAAAUUUUAAAAGUUUUUGUCCAGUAAAAUUUAUUUUGUAAUACUGAAUGGGAUUCAUAAAAAUAUUAAACAUGUUUAUUAUGGAAAAGUACAGUAUCAUCUGUAUCAUCUCUAUUGAUUCUGGUUUUUACAUUAAUAAUUACUUAUGUGGAAAAUAAUGUUAUUAGAUCCUCAUAUU